CGUCACAAAGAUGAAAGACGAUGCGAGAUUAUCGGCGUAUGGACUGCCCAUUGGGGAUUCGCCCGUCCGCCCAGGACUAAUUGAGGAGCUCUGGGCUCAUGAUAUGUCACGACGAUAUAGUUCCCAGCCAAUGGUGUUCAUGCGCUCCUUCCUCGACCUGUACCCAGAGCUAAGGGACGAUUAUGAUGUACCCGAACUGUUCAGGGAAGAACAGGACAUGCUGAACGCUCUGCCACAUAAGGCCAGAUUGGACUGGCACUGGCUGAUCAUCGCCCCAACCAGAAGUGGGAGUUAUUGGCACAUCGAUCCCGUCAACACCACUGCGUGGAACGCGCUCGUCUCUGGGAAGAAACGAUGGGCAACCUACCCACCAGAGACCUACUACGUCCCAGGAAUGCGCCACAAUGACCUGAGGAAACAGGCAUACGGUGACAAAGAAGGUGUGGACAACCCAUAUUUGUGGUUCUCCCAGACGCUGCCUUACAUCAAGCCUCAACUGAAGCCGCAGGAGUGUAUACAACAGCCAGGUGACGUUAUCUUCAUGCCUGAAGGCUGGUGGCACGCGGUCCUCAACGUCGAAGACACCGUGGCAGUCACACAGAACUUUCUCAGGAAAUCAGCGCGGCGCAACACAGUCCAGUUACUCCGACAGUCAGACCAUCCCCAAACUUUGAAAGCUUUGGCGAUGAAGUAUGGAGACACAUAUCCAGGUUUGUUCGAGGAGAGGGAUACAAUGGACCAGGAGCGGCUGACCAGUGACGAUUUGAAGGACAUGGCGGGCAAAAUUCACAUGGUGGAAAAACUGAAGCGGCUUGGGAAGAGUGAGAAGGAGUUGCAGGAACUUAUGCAGAAUAAACGAAAGUGAUGUAUCAUUGACUUCGAACCACUAAAGGAUGAUAAAAAUCCGCAUUCUAUUCGUACGAUCACAGCAUGCUGUGACAUCACAUCACAUCAUGCACAGGCAUGAGAGACGCGGAUGGUUUGUUUUCCA